GACAGACGGCCAGUUCAGAGAGGAAGAGCCUGCAGCCAUAGAUGAUCAGAGGACUUAUUCUCACAGGACUACUGGUCCUGCUUUGGCACCAGAUGGAUGUACAUGCGCACAUGUUGAGCAGACACAGUCCCGUCACCAACAUGGCCAAACUGAAGAGCUUGCUGCAGCAGUUUGAGGAGGCCCUGGCCACAGAAGAGGCUCCUGAGAGAGCCGUCGAUUAUGAGGACAGCAACACGGCGCUGGAGCAGAGCCCGGCUUCUGUGUCCUGGGACAGAGACAGAGAAAGAGACAGGGACCGAGAGGAGGACACUAACCCCUCGGAUGGAUUUGAGACACAGAGAAAGCGCCUCAUAGAUCUCCUCAUGUCAACCCGGAGCAAAAGACUGUCUGGCUGUUUCGGGGGACGGCUGGACCGCAUAGGGUCCUCCAGCACCCUUGGGUGCAACUCUCAAAAAGGUUAGCUAUGAUGAGUGAUACAGUGACACUGGGAUUGCAAUAUAUAUUUAUGAUAUAUAAAUUAUUUUACAUGUGGGCAGUUAACCAUGAACUUUUUAGGUAAAAUGUACAUGUAUCUAAGAGAGGGAACAUGUCUCAAUAAAUCUAACCUAAGGUUUUGUAUAUUCACUGUUUUUUUCCUCCAGUUUUUAAUUACCUUUGUCUUUACAAGUAAUUUUACAUAGUUCUGUGUGUCAAAUGAACUUCA